AUUGUCAGAUACCAAAGCAGACGCCGUUUGAUACCAAUUAAUAUAUACAUAUAUAGAUACACACUCGUAUCCAUCGAAAUGAUGCACUCGAUCACAGUUGUGACCCUGGUGACAGUGAUGCUAGCAUCGGCGGCUCCCACGCCCGUUCAGGUUGUGUACACGGGUGAGGAAGGUUGUGCCUGUCCCACACAGCUUGGCUAUCAUCUGAAUGUGCCCAAUCCGAGCAAGCCGAAGAAGUACGAGGGCGGCGAGUACGGUUAUCGGGUGGAGAAGCCCGUCCACACCAAGGCCAAGAUAAGCUAUAGCUUUGAUUUUACCGUGGAACAGCCGCGCACGCCAGUGCCACCCAAAAACAAGCCAGCCAAGCUGUAUGCCAAGGUGGAUCGCGUUACGGUUAACAAAGCAGAUUGUCGCGCCGAUCACAAGACCAGUUGCAGUUGCAGUAGCUGCUCUGCGGCCAAGCCAAGGUACGUAGCCCAGCAGUCCAGCCCAAAUCCAAAUCCAAAUCCUAACGCGAAUGCCAUUCGUCGUCGUCGUGAUCUGAGUUCACCUGGUUCACUGCUGCGCAAGCGUUUAAUGCGCCAACAGCAGCUGGAGGAGCGACCAGCUCGUUAUGUUAAGUUUUAUCAUAAGGAUCUGGAUGCACAGCAGCAGCAGCAGCAUAAGAUGCGUCUCUUUGGUUUGGUGCCGCUUGAGAGAGCGCAUGAGACGUCCCUGCCAGCCAAAUCCAAGUCCAAAUCCAAGCGCAAGGCUAAAAAAGCACCUGCAAUGAGCUCCAGCUCUAAGCAUGUCAAACGUUGGUCCCGCUUCGGUCGUCACAAGCGCGACAUUAAAGGGGAGUAUGAUCUGCUGGAGACGGAGCGCGCCAAAACAGAUUUAACGGCACCGGAGAUCAUACAAUAUAUGCCAGAGACACUGAAUCCGAACUUCAAGCGUGGACAGUGCCAUAUGGGAUGUGGUGCCAUUACAGCCACUGCACCACCCGAGGUCACAGAAGAUACCAACAGCACAGAGCAACCCGAAACAGAACAACCACAACUGGAACUGGAACGGGAACAGGAGCGGGAACCGGAGCAACCAUCACUGGUCAACUCCAUACCGACAAAGCGUGCUGCACUUAGCUAUUAUCCACAGCAGAUACCAUCGCCACUAUCCGGCGGAUCCUACAAUGAGUACAAGUUUGUCGACGACUCACAGUUACGCAGUCUGUUGUCGACCACCUCGGUGCCCGAUCCUCUAGAGCAAAACUCAACGCCACUGCAAUUUGCCGGCGAUUUGGAGUCAUUUAAUCGGCGCUCGUAUUCAACGCCCGUACUGGGCAUCGGCGGUGGCUAUCCGGUGGAGCAUGUGGCCGACACGCAGCUGGACAGCAUAAUAUCGGGCAUUGUUUAUCAGCAUCCGGAUUAUGUUAAUUCAAAUUCACAGUAUGGCGGUUCCUUGGUGGAUCCAGAGCCGAUGCAAAAGAAACAAACCACAGACUUUCUUAAGAAGCUCAUCGAUGGUCGACUAGGCGGUUGGGGCUUCGAUACAGCCACCGAGCCCGAAUCGGCGGUCCGAGCUGAUUACUCGACGAGGCCGUCCAAGACAUAUGGCUACAAUAGUCACACUCACGACGGCUACAGCGUGGAUACGUACAAUGUGCCGCCGAUUAGCGAUUAUCUGCGUGCCUGGUUCUAGGCCAUAUACUCAUCUCAUGUAUCUGCCCAGGAACUAUAGCCUGUAUAGUCCUGGGUAUACCAUAACAUUGUAAUAUAGUGCGGUUGGCUAGUUUUAAAUAAACAUUAAAAUGCAUAAGAAUACAAAAUA